AUGUCUGCGGCAGUGGACUCUCCGACCACGGAGGCCAAUCCGGUACCAAUAGCUGGGACGACUGCACCCGAAGCUACUGCCCCUCCUCGUCGCAAGUUUAAGGCUUCCGAUCUCCCGCUUCCCUCGGCUACACGCAGCGCCAUUGAGCGCCUUGCUCAUAACUUCAAGAAGAAGGGCGGCUACGACGCAAUUCGCAAGCAAGUUUGGGAGAAGUUUGAGGCUAGCGACUACGAGGAGCAAGUCACCAAGGCGAUUCUUGAGGUUGCCGAGCAGGAAAUCGAGCGUAAUCCGGAACAGUUACUUACCCUUGAACGUGGAAAGGCUGCAGCCCUCAUCGACGGUGCAUUGGACCGCAGCGGUGUCUACCAAAAGGCCGAAGAGGUCAUUAGCGCAUUAAUUGACACUUGUGCCAUCGAGUCUGCCAUUCGCGAGCUGCGCCGUUCUGAGAUCGGCGACGAAGCGGCUGAGGAAGAACGAAUUCGUGGUGCCAAGACAGAUGAGGAAUAUGCUGCCGAGACAGCCGCUCGUCGCGCAGAGAGGGAGCGUGUCCGGGCUGAACUGAAGGCAGUGGAAGAAGAGAAACGCAGACUUGAGCGCGAAAUUAAGCUCAAGGAAGAGAUGAGGAGGCGGGAAGCAGAGAGGGCUGCUCGCGAAGAGAGGAGAAGGAAAGAGCGAGAAGAAGACGAGAAGAGGGAGAGAGAGCGCCGAGAACGGCGUGAGAAGGAAAGAGAAGAGAGGGAUCGCGAACGCGAACGGGAGAGGGAAAAGGAGAAGGAUCGUGAGAGAGAUCGCGAUAAGGAGAGAGACAGGGACCGGAGUCGGGACCGCGAUCGCAAUCGCAACAGCGAUAGGGACCGUGACCGGGCCAGGGAUCGGGACCGGAGCCGUGACCGUGAGCGAGACAGAGACAGAGAAAGAGACCGGGAUCGAGAUCGGGAUUACGAUCGCUAUCGCGAACAUCGUGGUUAUGAUAGCUACCGCGGCACUCCACGAGACCGAUCUGUUGGCCGAGACCGUGCCCGAGACCGGGAUCGGGAUCGGGAAAGAGACCGUGACAAGAACCGCGAUCGAGAUAGGGAUCGGGAGAAAGAGAAGAACCAAGAGAGUGGCCGUGAUGCUCGCUCAAAACUCUCCCUUGAGGAGAGAGCCGAGGAGGUCAAGAAGCGGCUUACCAAGGAAGAUGACGAACGUCUCGAGCAGGAGGCACUUGCCGACUUGCUCCGUGAAAGCAAGCGGCUCGAGAAGAAGCAGCCUGAACUGGAAGUUGAUGAGACCUUGGUUCCUCCCCCUAAGAAGCCCAAGCCGGGGUCUGCGAUUGCCCCGAUUCAACGACCAGCACCGAAGCUCGGUACUGAGCCUAAGAAACCUGCUGAGUCGAAGGAGACCGCGGACUCUAAGGACAAAUCCUCCAGCUCUAGGUCGGAAAAGCCCGACGACUCUGGCAAGCCAACACACGGAACCGGUCGAGAGAAGACGAUCAUCGCCGUCGGGAUCUUCGCUCCCGCUCUCCCCGCGGAGAGCGAAGCCGAUCACGCCGCAGAAGCCGCUCAAGGCUCAGGAGCGGGUCAAGAGCACGCGAUCGGAGCCGAUCGCGUCUGCGGUCUGAUCGCCGAGAUGAACGCCAUCAUGGCUGGCGUGACACUUCUCGUGAUCGGCGAAGUCGUUCCCGUCCACGCACUGCCCGCUCAGACGAUCGGAGAGACAGGAGUCGGUCUCGGCGUCGUGAUACCCGCGAUCGCAGCCGCUCACCCCGUCCCAGGACCGAUCGCCACGAUCGGUCUCGGUCUCGGUUACGUCAUCGCGACCGUAGUAGAGAUCGCGACCGCAGCCGUGAUCGCGACCGCGAUCGUGACAGCAAACGUGGUAGAAGCUCGUCCGCCUUCUCGCAUGAACCACGAGGAGAAGGAAGCCUGGAAACAAGCCGAGGUCAAGAAGCGCGAACAAGAGGCCAAGGCUUAUCUUGCUGCCCAGAAAGAGGCUCGAGAAAAAGGCCUUCCCGUCCCUGGCAUAGAUGACCGUCGCACCUCGGACCGAGACAGGUCGCCGGAUGCCAAACGUCGUCGCGACAAGGACGAGGCUGAUCGCUAUCUCCCUGAUCGGGACCGUGAUCGCGACCGCCGUGAUAUCGUGGAUUAUCGUGGUGGGGAUCGGUACGAUGGUGACCUCGCCGCGAUAGAAGUGUUUCCUCUCGCCGCGGGAGAGAUCCCAGUCGGCGCCGGCAUGACAGCAGACGGCGUAGCAGAAGUCGGGGCUAAGCCUACUGCAACUGACGACGUCAACCCCUAA